AUGGUGAGUGGAUCGGGCUUCCCUGGAGAGGUGAUGCGAGAGCCGUGGCCGGGACGCAUUCUUGCUUGCAUGCUGCUACCGCCAGCCCCGCCGCCAGCGGCCGAAGCCCCGGCGGUGGCUCCAGCGGCGCCUCCGCAGCGGAUGCCGGACGCCCCUGUGCCCAAGCGCCAGCGCCACGGGCCAGCCUGGAGAUCCGAUGGGCUGGCUCCAGUCCUUCACGAUCAACAGGUUCGUGAAGCAGCGGUCGAGAAGUGGGUGGUUAUCGUCGUGGCGGCGGGCCAGCAUAGCAGGCUUGGCGCACACGCCGUGCCUGCCGCCCAGGUUCGCCAGGCUGUCAGCGACAUUCUGGAGGUCAAGCAGCCCACGACCAUGAACAAGAGGGCCGGAGCGGUAGGCCUAUACCUAACUUGGGCGCGCCGCUCUGGGUGCGACCCCUUCCCGUUGGCCGAGCAGAAGGUUGUGGACUGCCUCCGGGAAACGAUCCAGGAAUCGCCCUCGCGAGGAACCUCGUUCUUAGAGGCGGUGGUUUUUGCAGGGGGCAUGUUCGGCCUCGCCGGCGCGGACGAUGCCCUUACGAGGUGGACCCAGGGCCUGGCGGCGAAGGGGCUCAAGAGGAAGAACCCGAAGAAGCAGCGGGCGCCCUUCAAGGCCGCGCACUUGUCCCAGGCGGAGGGCGUCGUGGUGCUGGGAUAUUUCGUCUUCGCUACCCACGUCCAGGGGCGCUGUGGAAACUGCGCGAGAGUCUCGGGCGAGCCUGUGCUGGACCCGCCGGAGGGCAACCGGGGCUUCAUCGAGGCCGCGGCGGGGUUCGGAGACCACAAGACAGGGCACGCGGCCAGGAAGGCGGCCGAGCUCCUGCCGCUUGUCGGGCUGGCUCUCGGCGUGUCGGGCAAGCCGUGA